AUGACUGAAGAAGAUAAUGUUCUAAGAAUAAUAGAAGCUGAUGAUUUGGAGGAAUUUUUAGACUUGGAAGAUCUAGAUACUGUCAUACUUUCAUGUCCAGAAGAUUCAAAUCUAAAUUAUUUUCAAUACGCAGUAAUAAAUAAUAGUAUCAAAAUCGUCACGUAUUUAGUACAAGAAUAUCCAGACUUAUUCCUUUUCCUCGAUGAAAACGGUAAUACCUGUGUUCAUCUUUGCGUAAUUGACGAAUCAUGUAAUAUCCAAUUGUUGCAAUUCUUUAUUGACAAGUUUAAGGUGGGAAUCCUUGCUUCCAAAAACUUUGAAGGACUGCAGCCACUCCAUUAUGCAGUAAUUCAUGAAUGUUACAAUGGAACCAAAAAUAUGUUAGAAUUAUUGCGAGAAAAUGGUAUGGAAGAUCUCAUUACGAACAAAGAUAACAUAUACUUAACAUCUCCAGAAGAUUUUAUCAAAACUGACGACGAAUUACGAAACUUAUUCAAAUUUGAAGAUCCUAAAACGAAACAGAUCCGAAUCCUCAGGACUAGCUUAAGAGAUAUGGAAAAUAACUUUCAUGCUGAAAAAGAAAAGCUCGAAAAAGAAAAUCAAAAUCUACAACAACAAAUCGGAGAAAAGACAAAUGAGAUAGCUACUAUCAACCAAAACAUCACAAAAAUCCAAAGAGAAAAAGAAAAUAACGAAAAUAAAUUAAAACAAGAAAUAGAUGAAAUCAAGCAAGAAAAUUCGCGAUUGUUGGAAGCAAAUCGUCGUUUGGAAACAGAAAGGAAUUUUUUGAUGAACGAAAACCAAGAAUUACGCGCAGAAAUAAAUUCAGGCUGUUGCAAUUCAUCUUCUAAACAAAGUAAGCAAGGACCAUUGAGCUAUCAUUUAAUUGAAGAUCAAAAUUCAUGUAAAACUCAAAAAUCUAAAUCAAAGAAAAGAAAUGGUAGUUAUACAGCAAUUCCUGACACAGAAAAUCCUCAAAAUAAUAACGAGGAAGAUGGAUGCUCUUGUUGUCGUAUAAAUUGA